CACCAGCUGCGUAGCGCAGCAUAGCUCCAUCUCCAUCCCGUUCCUCUUCCAGUCUUCCUCCGUCCCCAAUCCCCUCCUCCCCGUCUCCCCCACCGGCCACAACCCUAGCUUGCCCCCAAAUCCAUGGAUCCCACCAAAUCCAGCACCCCUCCGCCUCCCCCAGUCAUGGGCGCCCCCGUUGCCUACCCUCCAGCGGCUUACCCUCCCGCCGCGGCCGCCGGAGCCGCCGCCUACGCUCCGCAGCUCUACGCGCCGCCCGCCGCAGCCGCUGCCCAGCAGGCGGCCGCUGCGCAGCAGCAGCUGCAGAUGUUCUGGGCGGAGCAGUACCGCGAGAUCGAGGCCACUACGGACUUCAAGAACCACAACCUCCCGCUCGCCCGCAUCAAGAAGAUCAUGAAGGCCGACGAGGACGUCCGCAUGAUCGCCGCCGAGGCCCCCGUCGUGUUCGCGCGCGCCUGCGAGAUGUUCAUCCUCGAGCUCACCCACCGCGGCUGGGCGCACGCUGAGGAGAACAAGCGCCGCACGCUCCAGAAGUCCGACAUUGCUGCCGCCAUCGCCCGCACAGAGGUGUUCGACUUCCUCGUCGACAUCGUGCCGCGCGACGACGCCAAGGACGUUGACGCUGCUGCCGCCGCCGCUGCGGCGGCUGCGGCUGCCGGGAUCCCGCGCCCCGCCGCCGGCGUGCCUGCUACCGACCCGCUUGCCUACUACUAUGUCCCUCAGCAGUAAUGUAUCAUCAUCGCCUUCUUAAUGGUUUCCUAAGCGCAGAAUGUGUUGUUGUAUGCCUGUUGUAGUUGCUACUGCUGUUGUUGUUGCCGCGUAAUAAGACUUGUUGAUCAUCGAUGGGCGUCCCCCUGAGCUUAAGCAUUGAGCUGUUUUAUUCUAGAAUCCCGGGUAAGAUUGUUGUAAUGGGGGACGCCCUUUGAUUGGGUUGGUAGUGUAUGUCUAAGCCUAACUCAUCAGAUGCUGUAAUCCAACAAGUAUUAUGCGGGUGUCUGGUAAUUACUGUGCAAUUCCUGUUCUUCA